CGCGUCAUUGAUUCAGUGUCGAAGAAGAGUGUGUGUGAUGUUUUCUUUUCAUAACGUAAACGGCACAACAAGAUCGGGUUUUCGCGAUGUCGCAAAGGAAGAAAACUUCAGCUUCUCAGAGCAAACCCCAAAGGACGAAUGAGAAUGAGGAUGAAAUGACGUUCAGUCAGAUGACAUCAUCACAGGUCCAAAGAGCUCGAGAGAACUUCGCCUCAGUCCAGAUCGACCGCAAGGUUGCAGAAGUGGUCCAGUUUAUCUUGGUUAAGGACCAAAAAAAAAUUCCAGUUCGAAGAGCAGACAUUGUCAAACAUGUGAUGAAAGAAUACAAAGUCAUCUAUUUGGAGGUGAUGAAUCGCGUGCGUCGCACAUUUGAACAGGUGUUUGGAUUAAAGCUGGAGGAGAUUGAUACCAAAAAUCACAUUUACAUCCUGAUCAACAAGCUGGAGGCUGGAGGAACGGUCAGCAUGUGUCCUGGAAACCCUGGAAAGACCGGACUUCUGUUUGUCAUUCUCAGCAUCAUUUUUAUGAAGGGAGGUGUUGCCAAAGAGAAUCUGGUAUGGAACACUCUGAAGAAGCUGCGUGUGGAUCCAAGAGAGAAGCACGACGAGUUUUGCGACGUAAAGAAGCUGGUGACGGAUGAGUUUGUUCGUCAGAAAUAUCUGGAGUACGUGAGGAUCCCUCACACUGAGCCGGUGGAGUUUGAGUUUCGCUGGGGUCUGCGGGCUGACAUCGAGCUGUCCAAACUCAAACUGCUGGAGUUUGUCGCUGAGCUUCAUGAUCAGGAUCCUCAGAGCUGGACUCAGCAGUUCAGAGAGGCCAGUGCUUCAGAGAGCAGAACUUGAGCAGCUUCUCUCUCGCCACUCUUCAACCCACUUUUAGUACACACACCUUCCAUAGUUUGGUGAGAAUGUGUGUAAAAAUUCAAAUUGUAAUAUUAAUUGUUUAUAAUGAAAAUAAAGUUAAUUUACUAUAUUCAAUGUAAUUGGUUUUAUUUAUUUUAUUACGCUUUCCUGUGGCUCAGUGGUUAGAGCAUGGCACUAAUCACAUGAUAGUUUGGAUCAUUGUAGUAAUUUGACCACAUUACACGCAUAAAUGUCCUAAACAUGUUGAUAAUCCAUUAAAAGAGAUCCACAUGAGGUAGAGAUUAAAAUACACAUUUCUUUGUUUUUUACAGUGACCAUGCUAUCGAUCUUGCUCUUAAUUUUUUGAUUUUGCAUUGUAGCCUCGAUUUUUUUAAUAAGAUUUUGCUUAGGUUUGAUGUCUUUCUUGCUGAGAUUUCACUCGUUGUAAAAUCUCUUAAACUUAUUUAUAGCAAUAAGAAUAACAAGUUUUUCAAAAUGUAUGAUAACAUUUUCUUACUAAUUGAGAUUUUUCUGUCCUCUUAUUGUGCUUAUUUUUUUCUUGUCCUUUCAUUCUUGUUCUUUAUGUUAUUGAAAUAUUUAAAAAAUCAUUGGAGUCAGUGAGGGAGAGGACGCGUCACCUCAUGCAGAAGCGUAUAAGCGUUUUAAACGUGAUGCAGCUCAUGAUAAUGUCGAUCAAGUAUUUGAAAAUAAUCCAUAUGAACCAAUGCAGAAUAAGAAAAACGAAUGUCAUUCCUUUGGGCAAAAGCAGAAGCCUUCUGGUCAAAGUCGGAGCUCAUGUUUGCAGAAGGGAGCGCAAAAUAAUCUCUGGGGAAUGCGAAAGUUUUCUGAGGGAAAGAAAAAUAUUCUUGGGGAAACGCAAAAGUUUGGGGGACACUGUUGGGGAUAGCAAAAAUGUAAAAUAUUUUCACUCCCUUUCCUUUUUUCCACCACCUGUAUGUCCCUUUAGUGGCUCAGUACCGCGUCGCAUCUGUUUUGACAAUGUGAGAUAACAUGGUACAUCAAAAUUAUACUACAUUUACAGUACAUUUGGCAGACGCUUACAUUGCAUUAUCCUAUACAUUUGUUUCUAAGUAUGUGCAAUCCCCUGGGAUCGAACCCACAAUGCUCUUACCACUGAGCUACAGGAAAGCAUACUAGGCUAACUGUAAAGUUUUAAGAUAAACGCUUUCAAUAUGAGAGGAUCCGCACGCAGCCAGUGUCUUGCUGCGACAUCUCUGUACAUGUCUUCAUUGAACACUGUGUGGCGCGCUUGAGCAUGGAUGGAUUUUUCAGAUAAAAGUGGCAUUUUAGUUUUAUGAAAUUUGUACAAAUAAUGGACAAAAGUGUUUUGUUUUAGCAUGAUAAUUUGACAAAUAAAUUAUUUUGUGUUUUUAGUUUAGUUUUAAUGACAAACCAGGGGACCCCCCAAGUUCACUAUUUUAGACCUUAUGAGAGGAGGUCCCUUAAGGCUUAUGAGGGGUCCGGGACCACCCUGGCCCCUGGGACAAGUGUCUUGUAGACCCGUAUUUACAAACAGUUUUAUCUUACCACUAAGAGCUCUCCUAAACACCUGUAAAAGUUUUUAGCUAAGAGUUUUCUCUUAAAACCUAUUCACAAUGCUGCUGAGAGCAACUUUUACUAAGGAGCGGAAAGAAAUCUAAGAUAAAAUGUUUUGUGAAAACGGGCCCCGAUGAAUGAAUCUUCUACCCAGUAAAAAUAAACUAUGUGCAUUUUAAAGUUAAAUGCAGAACAAAUAUAUUGUAUACAAUUUUGCGCUAUAGUACACUAAAAAAAUGAUUCAUGGCCCUAGUAAAUAUGGCUCAAUUAAAUAGGCUGAUUUUCCUCAAAAAAAUAAGUUUUGCACAUUACUUAAUUUCUUGCUAUAAAUGUUACUAAAUUUAUUGAGAUUGCAGUUUGCUUAAAAUAAUGAGUAAACACAGCAAGUAAUUUUUAGUAAAGUCGCAUGAAUCUGGUUAUUAGUCAAUUUGACUAAACAUUUUAAGAUUCGGUUAGAUCAUGUGACACAGCAGCGGCCAUUUUCUGAAAAUCAUCUCCUCAGACGAUAAAGGUGAGUAAACUUAACUUGUUUUAUACUAAAAUGUUUCAUAAAAUAAAUCCCACCAAUAGUGUUAAGAUACAUGUUUCUUAGUGUUUUCAUUUGAAAUAAGUUUAAUUGUGGUGGUGCACGUUUCUUGGUGUUUUAAAUAAGCUCCUAGAUAUCAAAUGUACAGAGUUUAUUUACGUUGCUUAAAUGAGAUUUAUGGUAAACAAUCUUUAUUGCCUACUUUUAUGAAGGCAUGAAAACACGUUGAUAGUUAUAUUCGCCGUCCAGCUCCUUGAGCUUUUUGGGUUCAAUUUGACACAACGCGCCACAUUAACAGACAACGUUUUUAAGUGAGUUAACAAGAGCGCGAAGCCGUCAAUGCUUUAUUUCAAACCUUUCAUCUGUUUAUCUAUACCGCGUGCGAGCGUUGCGAUGCAUCGCGACAAACGGCUUGUUGUUAAUGGUUUCUGUUAUCUUUUGUCAUGUGGCAUCUUGAGGGACAGGGUGUGACCGCUUACCGUGAGCUAGAAGUGCGAGGCGGAGGCUGGAACAGCGGGCUCAAAUCUCUAUGCAUCGUGUUGGUUAGAAACCUCCUUAAAACGGCACACUGUCACUUUGCAGACACGAUAGAGGAGAAUUGUGUCGGCUAA